GUGAAUCGGAUUCGUGGUACCGGUACUGCUACGGCGCUGGCAGUAGUACCACUUAGUAGCGUUCGACGUCGUUUAUGAGUGUGACAAAGUUGGACAAAAACCAGGAAUUGGAAGAGAAAUUCGAACCGAUUUUUGGAGAGAACUUCCACAUAGUUUGCAUGUGCUUGAUUAUCUUGUGGUCCCUGUUGCACAGAUUACGCCUACGAAACCUCAGAAUAUAAACACCAUUGACCUAACGGUCCCUUCCGUGGACGUGACGAAAAUAUCAAGAAGGCCGCCCAGAGCACCUCGCCAUACUGACCUACAUGAAAACACUCCUCGCCGACGAAGCUUUUGCAUUUCCUUCGAAAGGAUUAUCAGACCAAAACUAAUUGACUCGUUUGAUGAAACACGUGACAGUAAUGCGGUACCAUUUACAACAUGUCUAAGACUGAAAGGUACCACACCAAACCGCUCAUUAAGAAGAUAUACGAGACACCUAAGAAAUGGCUGGGAAUCGAGAAAGAAAACCACGUCGGCAAUAAUAGAGUUAAGAGAGAUGUUAGAAAGGAAUGCCAUACUUAUGAAAACGUACAACUCGGAAAUAAUGAUGAGAAGAAAAAAGAAAUCGUCACAGAUCAUUUUGGAUGGAAGCAAGUGCAAGUUGAAACUAAACAUUCUGAUAAGUUGAAGAUCGUUAUUGAUAAUUUUGAUAAGAUUCUCGAUGAGUACAGUAGUAUAGAAGAACCAAGUGCCACAUCUACACCUGCCAAACCUCCAGUACAAAAAUCGGUAUCUAACCCUCCAACAACUAAAAGAGACACAAAAAUCCCAAAACUGGUGAAAGCAAAAACGUGCAGCAUCAUAGAAUCCAAAUGCAUUCUCAAAAAGUCGAUCUCUAACCCUAUGAAUAAAGUUUCUACGCAACCAGAACCGAAUAAAUUGCAAAACAAAACAAAAAGUUUAUGCAACAUAAACCGAGAUGAUACGGUAGAGCGUGUAACAAGUGAAACUCGAUGCGAAACAAGUGAAAAACGGCCCAGCGACAAUAAGGUGAAAGAGAUCAUCAACCGAAUCAACAGCAUGAGCACUGCUACAGACACACCCUUGAAAGAAAGCGAGACUUUCGCCAUAUCCAAGGCUAAAAGCACCGUGGAUCUUAGUGCGAAUAAGAAAAUGACGGUGGCUGCUUGUAGCAAAAUUCCUGUGAAUACUACGUUGAGGAAGACGUAUCCCAGCAUUCCCUGCGAUCUACAUAGCUUAGAUUUGGACAGGAGCAGUGCUGAUGACAAAACGAUGAAUGGAAAAUUUGCAAAGAGUGUUCAGAAUCUUUCCAAAAUGAGCACAUUCAAUAGUAAACUGACUAAAAGUACUCAAAAUCUGACUCAGCCUAGAAUGUCAUUACCAAGAAGUGAUGAAUCUACUAAGAAUGGUUCAAAUAGUCCGAUGAACAGUAAGCAUGCUAAAAGUACACAGAAUUUAUCAACAAGCAAGUUGUCGGUUGCAAAAGAUGUCGAUAAAAGAAAUGUGGAUACAACUAAACCUCCUAAUAUGAUGAACAGUAAACUGACCAAGAGUGUUCAGAAUUUGACGCAGUCCAAACCAUUGUUAUCUAAGUCUGAUAUCAAUGCGACUAGAACUAUGAAAAAUACUGUCAGUCAGAAUGGGACGCUUGCUAAAAGUGUCCAAAAUUUAACUCAUCACAAGACUCCGUUGUCAAAAGUUGAUAGUGGGAUGACUAAAAGUACUCAGAAUUUGUCAAAUUCUACUGCCAGGCUACCUUCGAGCAAGACUCAAGGUAUGAAGAAUAAUAAAGUGAUGUCGAAAAGCGUUCAAAAUAUCUCUAAAAUGAUGGAUAAACCAAGUUUAAAUAAAUCAGCGAAAUUAACGAAUACGAAGGCUGCGCCUAGAGAUUACGUCAAAGUUGAAACAAAAUUGAAGACACAGCCUCCUAAAGUGAUCGAUGAUGACAAAACCAAGCAAAAACCAAUCUUAAAGGAAGUUAGUGACCAAGGCACGUACAAGGUUGUUAAGAACAAAUGCAGAGAUGUUGUUGAUGGUGAUGUAAUCAAUACUAAGCCACCAUUAGCUAGAAGCGAUAGUGGAAGUAGAAUUGCGAAGGAAAUUGAAACGAAAACAAAGCCAGUUAUCGCAGAAACAAAACAGAAAUGUACAAUAACGAAAAGUGACAGUAUUGACCCUAUCAAAGUAAAAGAAGAUAGGAUACGAAGCGUUAUACAGAAGUUUGAAGAAGCGGAAUCUGUCAAACCGUGCGGAAAGCCGAAAUUGUUGAAAGAUGGUACUUAUAAGAUACCGUUAACAAAUAAAAUAACAUCUGCAACCAAGGCAAUUAUCCCAGAUGCUAAAAAAGAUAUGAUAACAGCCACUAACGGUGGCACGUAUAAGAAAACCAAACCAGAUACCGUCAAAUUAAACUUGCAAACAGCUAAAGACUUUCUCGACAAAAUAAAAGUGGAAACUAAAGAUGACAAGAAAUACUACUUCGAUCCUCAACACUUCCUGGACGAAAAAGUGGAAAAAGUCAUAAGUUAUCUUAAGGAGGAUGGUAAGAUUACAGAAAACGCUGACGUGGCUUUAGAUAAGAAUAAGCAUUUGGAUUAUAACUCUGACAACUCGGAUGAUUCUGGAAAUAUCUCAAACGAAAUUGAACUGGACUGUGACGAUACGCACUCUUCUUCUUCCAUCAAAAGUUCGGAGUCUUUGUCGACCGUUCUGGACGUUUCGGUUGCUGAAAAAGAUAGUGGAGUGCAUCUUUCGAAAAGUGAAGUUCCAUCGGGAGAAAGCGAUCAGAUCUUUUUCCGCACCGGCGCCCUCUCGCGUUUGGAAUCCGAACGCGACGACCGCCUCUGCGCAUGCGUAACCAGGCUCCAGGCGCGAUGCCGCGGACACCUCGCGCGCAGGCGCUUGGCGAGGCGCAGGUUGCAAGAGACGGCGGUGCGAUGCAUACAAAGGAACGUGCGCAGGUUUGUGGACGUCAGGGAUUGGCCAUGGUGGAGGCUGCUGGUCAGGCUUCAGCCGCUGUUGGACGUGCAUCGGACCGAGCAGCAGCUGAGGGCUAGAACGG